CUCACUUGCCACAGCAGUUUCCAAAUGGAGUUCUCUAGAUAGUUCCAGAAGUAGCCAGGGAUUGAUUAUUGGAAGGAACAGCUACAGCUAGCAGUGCUCAAAUUUGCCCCCAUAGCUGGGUCCUUAAUGGCUGUUUGAUCCAGAGCAGGUGAUCUUGCACGCUUGCUCAUUCCUGAGUACCAGGCUGCUUUGGAGAGCACCAGAGCAGAACUUCUACUGUCCUCUUGGCAGCUAAAGCCAUAAGGCCUGCUCCAAACAGAACCGCAUUCUGUUUGGUGACAAACAUGUGGGCCUGAAAAGACAGUAAAUGGAUUCCAGGUUCUGCUGUGACUCCAUCUCUGGCCUGAUCGCACCAGGCUCUGUGUCAGAUCGCUGCCAGGCUUUUCAUGCUGGGUCCACCUAGGAGGGCAAUCGUGUGUGAAUCCAAAGCAGACCGCUCUCCUUCCUCCACCCAGAGAGGGUCAAGCAAUAGAAAGACAAUGGCAGGACUGAGACUCCCAAUGGGAGGUAGGUUGCUAGGAAGUGGUGCUGUCCAACCUAGGAUGGAAUGAGUGAGGUCCCAUCCCUAUUCCUUCUCUGUUGCUGGGACCGAGGACACCUCUGGGUUAUCCUUCCCGUAAGCUCCAAGGCAGGACAGUUCAUUGGACAGAAAUAGAAAGCUACGCCUACUUGAAGUCGAGGGGGAUAACCCCACCCAGUUCUUUUCUGUCCUCAAAAGCUCCAGGCAGCGACUUUUUCCUUCUCUCAUGUCUUUGCUAAUUCUAAUUGUUUCCUUAAUGACUGCUCCUUUCUGAUUCCCUUGUCAUCUUACCUUGAAUAUGUUAUAACUUUCAAACAAACAAACACCCUACUUUUGUCUUUCUUCUGCUGGUCCCUCUGUUUUCCCUUACUCCCUUCCCUCGCUGCAUGUGGUGAUCAGGGCAAUUAACAGACUACAGUGUUCGCCUUCCGAAGGGGAGAGGCCCCCACACUGACUUUCCAGGGGGGCCACAUUCAGUGAAAGCACAGUUGUUGGCCACGGCCGCCUCCGGGCUGUCCGUGCGCCUGACUUCGCUGCGUUGUUCCCAGUCGGCCACGGCCGCCUCCGGGCCGUUUGUGUGCCUGACCCUGGAUGUGGAGAGUUCCUCAGCCCCAGAUAUGGCCACCUGCGGGCCGCUCGUACUGGCUUUAUCUCCACCCCCUUCACAAGCAUCGGCAAUUCAGGAGGUCCGGGAAUCAGGCCGCCCACUGAGACUGUGCCUCACUCGCUCCUCGUGGGCCCAGCACCAACGUUAUGAACAAACUGUGGAGAAUUGUGAGUCCCCUGGGCAGUGGCUUUUCCUAGGUAAGAGGCGCCCAGUAGCUAAUCCACUGCCCUCCUCGGCUGUGAUCAAGGCGCUGGGUGUUUUUAAAGGUGCAACUACACCUAAGAUGGUGGCAGGGGACCCUUAUAAAAUGGUUCAGUGUACCUCAGCUAAUUUGGCGGGAAAUGGAGAGAACAGGCCAGAAUCCUUCCAGUCUACCAGUUCUAAUUUACAAGCAGCAGAGGGCGCUGCAGGGACUGAGAAUCAACCAUCUCCCUUGGUCAGGUCUGUUCCCCCUGAGUGGCAGGCAUGGUUUUAAAAUGCCAUAAUUGACACUAUUUACCAGAUAAGACCUGCUAAGAAACAAAGGGGAUCCAGAAACCAGCCCCCCGCCAAACCCAUCUUCCGUCAUGUAGAUCUCUAGGUGACUUAGUUGGAGGAACUUCUGGACCAAUUGUUCAUCCAGUUGAAGGACAGAGUUCCACAUGGACAAGACAUAGCCUUGCUAGCCUUCCCCGUCUUGGCAGUAGAUCAUCUUGAGGAGGUGGUGCUAUACCUCCUCAAACACCCUUUCAGCAAGUGCCAGGAGCACUGGCAGGCAAUAUUCAAUGCCACAGCCAGAUACUCUGACCACAGCCGGACACUCGAUGAGGUGGCAAAAUGGAUGCCGGAGUGCAGCAGAGUUGUGAGUUUGUACUUGAGAUAUGGCUUCUAGUGGACGCACUGAGUCUGAUGAAUUUGAUGAGGACCUCAUGUCCGCUAGCAGCAUGGGAGAAGAAGAGGCGGCUGCUCUUAUGAGAGACCUGGAGCAGUCCGUCAGUUUCUCCAUAGGUAUCCUCCCAGAAGGUUUGAGCGAGGAAAAGCUGGUCAUUGAACUCGCUUCUGUCCUCCUCGGCCUGAAGAGUGAAGAGCUGGAGAUCAGACUGAAGGCUCUCCAGAAGUUCUUCAGGAUCCUCACAGGGGUCAAGGCUGAUCCAUGUGGACAGCUGCCUGAUGAUCUGAUUGGACGUCUGGUGGCAGUGACUUGCCUCUGUGCUUUAGAUGAGAACAGAGAGAGCAGGCAGAUGGCGGCAGAAGUCCUGUGUGAGCUCCUGCCCAUCCUGCGCCGUGGAGAACAGAGGCUGAUGUAUACACCUUGGGGCAAGGACCUGGUGAAAAGAGCUCUCUCUGCCCUGGGACCAACUACAGAACCCAACCCUUCUUUCUUCAGCGGCAACUGCUACAACCUUGCAAUGGUCUUCGGUGGAUUCCUCUCCUCUGAGCAGCUCCUGGAGGUCAUGCACUUCUUGGCAGGGGAUCUGACCACUGAAGGCUCAUUUGACCUCUUAAACAUAUUCCACCUGCCGCGCGAGUUCAUAAAGCAGUUCAGCGGCAAGUCGGUGUGGUUGGAGGAACUUCUGGACCACUUGUUCAUCCGGCUGAAGGACAGAGUUCCACAUGGACAAGACAUAGCCUUGCUAGCCUUCCCCGUCUUGGCAGUAGAUCAUCUUGAGGAGGUGGUGCUAUACCUCCUCAAACACCCUUUCAGCAAGUGCCAGGAGCACUGGCAGGCAAUAUUCAGUGCUGCUGACCACAGCCAAAUACUUGCUGAGGUGGCAAAAUGGAUGCCGGAGUGCAGCAGAGUUGCGACUCGUGCAGUCCGGGUCCUUUACUUAUUCCUGAAUUCUAAUGACAAGCAAGCCGUGAAGGAGAGGUUCCCACACCUCUUACUUGCCUUGCUGCAACAGAUCUCUGCACGGCUGGAGGAGAAUCUGGGUGUGAUAGAGAGCCUGGAAACUCUGUACCUCCUCCUUAGGACUGUUGGCAUAGAGGAGGAGAGUCUGGGGGAAUACCUGGAGCACUUUGGCAGCCCAGAAAGCUUCAGCCAGGGACUGUCCAUUUUGGUGAGGAUACUCAUCGCUAAAUGUUCAUGGUCAACCCCAGCCUUGGUGCACUAUAUUGGUGCUAUUUUGGAAGGCAAACACACAACUCGCCUGCCGGAAAUAGGACUGGACAUCUAUCUUGAGCUGUUCAUAAACCAGCACAUUGUGGAGGCCAACCAGGAGAUGGUGGAUUUUAUCUUCACAUGUCUCGGCCAUGACAACGCUCGGGUACGGGAGCUAAGCCUCCAGGGGAUAGCUCUUCUACUGAAUUCAGAAGUGGACCCUUGGACUAUACAGGUGACUCUCUUAAGUUCACUGGGAAUGGCAUGCAAGCCAGAUGUCAUUCCCAAGCUAAUGGAGCUGAUGGAAAGAGCCCUCCACAAUGUCAGUGGAGAGAGAGGAGAGGCGUAUAUGAGGAUGCUGGCAUCCAUCUACUGUGGCCACAUUGCCCACGAGAAUGCCACAGUCCGAGCAGCAGCCAUUCAACAUCUUGGGAUGCUUCGGACCAGGCUUGGGAAGCAAUGGCCUCCAUGUAUACCUGAGGAAGGCCUGGAUGAGCUUGUGAAUGUUUUGAUUCACUUGGAGGAUGAGGAUGAGGUGGCUGAGGCAACAAAGGCCACUCUGAAACAGCUGGUCCCAGAGGUGAGGUGGCGGGUAGACCCCAAAAUGUAUAGCCUCCAUCGUGUGCUCCAUCAGGCGGCCAAAUAUGUGACCAAAAAGUACAAGAAGGAUCUGGUGCGUGGUGCUGCCUUCAGCUGCAUGCUUCCUUCCUCCAACAAUCUGCCAGCAGUCUCAAGGGUGGCAGCACUCUUUGUCGGACACCUUGCUCACAAGGAUGCAAGCUUCAUCACGCUGGAGGAUAUAGGUUCUUACUGUACAUGUAAGUGGGAGAUUUGUCUUUGGAAGAGAGGGAAGCAAGUGGCUUCUGCUAGCAAGUGUGCCUGGGUGAAGACAGAUACAACACUGAGAAGAGGGAGGGAUGGAUGGAUGGAUGGAUGGAUGGAUGGAUGGAUGGGGUUGAUGGCAACUCCACUGCCCCCAAAACACAUGUACAUUUCUCUUUCUGUUCGGAGCAAGUUCUGGGUUUGGAAAAACAAGAAGGGCGGACAAGCUUUUGUUUUCUCAGAGAAAACAUGCCUCUGAAAUGGCCAUGGAAGCCACUGGUGCUAUGUCUCUGAUGUCCACAUGUUGGCUACAGCUGAUAGAUCACCAAGCCAUCUUCCCCAUCCUAAUCCCUGGAGUCGUUCUGUGACUCUUUGAGAACAAUGGGAAUACAGAUCCCGUUCCAGGUUAUCCAAGAACCAGUAACUUGUAAGUGGCUUUCGUGUGACAUCUGCUAGAAAAAGCUUCCUACCAGCUGUCCUAUUGGUAUCCUCUGUGCCUCGGUCAGGUUCAGACAUAAAGGGAGCAGAGAGAAGCAUUCUUGGUGGCUGUCCCCCACCCCCAUUAUUUCCUUUCCUACUACCAACUUGCCUAAGUCUUUGCACAGGGUUUAUGCCCUUUGAGAUGGAGUGAGCUAGAAGUCUAAAGAAAUACAUCCCACUGGUGUUGGGGUGGGGGGAAGGGGAGUUAUCUGUGCAUCUUUGGCCAGCUGAUCUAUUCUCCCUUCAGGGCUUGAAGGGAUGGUCGAGAAUGAUGACGAGCAGGUCAGGAGUGCAGGCGCAAGCAGCAUUUGCGUAGUACAGCAAGCCUUUACAGAUCACGCCAAAGGAAGACUCCACCGGUUAAGGAAGCGGUUCAUCAGG